ACAAAUCGCCGCACCACUGCACAGUUGCGAAUGUUUCAAUGGAAGUACACGCCGGCAACUUCCAUUUGGAACAAACUCUCCGCCGGCUCAGAACUGAACUCCCGCGGGCAUCUAUUUCCCACAAGCUUCUCGCUGUUAUUCCCCAAGGAAUUCUUUCCCACUGUUUACGCAUUCCCUGGGAAGAGGGUCACUUCCGCCGGAUUGCGCAUUGCUUUGGGAGAAGAGGGGCGGGGAAUCUCUUCCGGGAUUGCGGUGCUUUUUGGAACCUGGAGCCGGGACGCAGAGCGCGGAAUGUGAAGAAUCUUGUGCUGGCAGCGGCUGGAGGUUCGACGCCCGGACGGUGCAGGCGGUGAGUGAGCAUGAAAUUCCCUUGAGCGGUGCUUAUCUGAUGCUAUAAUGUGCUGAGCAGUCACUAUGGGCAGACGAUACCCAGGAGUUUAUCAUCGUCCAAAUAGUGAAUAUUACAUUUAGCCUAUACUCCAGUCUCCUCACUGUUGAAGCCCCGUGAUCCCUAUCAGAAGUGCUCCCAGGUCAAAUUGAAGACACUGUGGACACUAUGUCAGUGUUCCUUGCCACCGCCAACAGUCAAACCGAUAUAGUGAAUCGCAACAGUACAGCUACUCCACCAAACACACUUAACCUUCGUUCUUCCCACAAUAAAUUAGUAAACUCGGGAAUAAAGAGCACAGAAAUCAAGAACAAUACUCCUCCAAAAUGCAGGAAGAAAUACGCCUUGACUAAUAUCCAGGCAGCAAUGGGCCUGGGAGACACAACAGCAGUACCAGUUACAGCAAACAAUACCAAUUCCAAACUGGCAAAGAACGGAGAAAACCAGCUGCGCAAGGCCGCAGAGCUAGGCCAGCAGGACAUGAACAGAAACAUCAAUGCAAAUGAUGUCAAAAACAUAAUUUCAGAAAAAUUGGAAGGUAAGGAGCCAAACUUGCAAGAUCCAUCUUCCACUGAGCCCUUGACAACGCAACCAAGGAAAAGCAAGAACUUUCUCAAUUACUAUGCAGACCUGGAAUCAUCCACCCGUGAAUCAGAGCAAAAUAAUGGCGUCGGCUCGGGUGAGGAAAAUGCUGACCUGUUUCAUGAUAAAUCUACAGCGAGCAAUGAUGUGGUCAGUGAUGAAAGUUCGUCUGCCAGUCCUGAAGAUUGUCAAAUGGCCACUAUUUCCUCCAGUUCUGAAACAAAGAAGGCACCAUCCAGAUUUGGAGGGAAAACUGACUGUGCAUUAAAUAAAAUGCAGAACAUGGCUCCCAGUGAUGAAGACUCAAGUUGGACCACCCUGUCACAGGACAGUGCUUCGUUGAGCUCACCUGAAGAAACAGACAUUUGGAGCGAUCAGUCCUUUCAGACUGACCCUGAUCUUCCACCAGGAUGGAAGAAGAUCAACGAUGUUGCUGGCAUCUAUUAUUGGCAUAUACCUACAGGCACUACCCAGUGGGAGAGACCAGUGACAUCAGCAGAGGUCCCAGACAUACGAAAAGGGUCAUUGUGUUCAAUAACACCCUCCCCCACUCCGGAAAGCGAGAAACCAUGGGCUGACUUUGCUGUACUGAAUGGUGGAAAGAUUAAUAGUGACGUUUGGAAGGAUCUCCAUGCUGCCACUGUAAACCCAGAUCCAAGCCUGAAAGAGUUUGAAGGAGCAACAUUGCGCUAUGCUUCUCUGAAGCUCAGAACAAUACCACAGUCUGAGGAGGAUGGUUCUUGCACUAUCAACAGUGACCCAGAAGCGAAGUGUUUUGCUGUGCGUUCCCUGGGAUGGGUGGAAAUGGCAGAGGAAGACCUGGCACCUGGAAAGAGCAGCGUCGCUGUGAACAACUGCAUUCGACAGCUCUCCUACUGCAAAAAUGACAUCAGGGAUACCGUUGGGAUUUGGGGAGAGGGUAAGGAUAUGUACCUCAUCCUGGAAAAUAACAUGCUGGAUCUAAUUGACCCCAUGGAUCGCACUGUCCUGCAUUCUCAGCCAAUUGUGAGCAUUCGGGUGUGGGGUGUUGGCCGUGACAAUGGGCGGGAUUUUGCCUAUGUAGCAAGAGAUAAAGAUACACGGAUUCUAAAAUGCCAUGUGUUCAGAUGUGAUACACCAGCAAAAGCCAUCGCAACCAGUCUUCACGAAAUCUGCUCAAAGAUUAUGGCAGAACGGAGAAACGCCAAAGCUGUGGCUUGCAGCGUCUCUCAGGAAAGAGUCAACGUGAACCUUGAUGUUCCUCUGCAAGUAGAUUUCCCAACACCAAAGACGGAGCUGGUACAGAAAUUUCACGUUCAGUAUGUCGGUGUCUUACCUGUGGCCAAACCAUUAGGAAUCGAAAUAUUGAAUGGAGCUAUUGAGAGCUUAAUGACCACAACUAACAAGGAAGACUGGAUUUCUGUGAUUAUGAAUGUUGCUGAUGCCACUGUGACUGUGAUAAGGCAGAAGGAUGAAGAUGAGGUUUUGUUGGAGUGCCGUGUUCGUUUCCUGUCAUUUAUUGGAGUGGGGAAGGAUAUCCAUACGUUUGCCUUUAUUAUGGACGCAGGAAAUCAGCGCUUUGAAUGUCACGUCUUCUGGUGUGAUCCGAAUGCAGGAAAUGUUUCUGAGGCCGUGCAAGCUGCAUGUAUGCUUCGGUACCAGAAAUGCUUAGUAGCCAGACCACCUCCUCCAAGGAUGUGCCCUCCAGGUCCUCCAACAGACUCUAUGACAAGGCGUGUCACAACCAGUGUAAAACGUGGAGUUUUAUCCCUCAUUGACACUUUGAAACAAAAGCGGCCAGUAUCUGAAUCACCAUGAAGAGAAUCUAGAUAGAUGCUUUUAGACACCAGAGUCUAGUAAUGACUGACAUAACACAUGAUCCAUGCAGAUGUUGGGCCUUCGAGUUAUAUAUGCUGAUCCUCUUCAACAUAUAUUAUUUAUUGUCAGAUUUAAUGUAAGCAUGUUAUUUCAUUCCUUAUCAUGGCAUCGUAUUGAGAGGCGCAUGAAUAACUUUCUGCUAACAGCAUUUGAGUUCAUUAAUUGAUGGAAGGUGUCUGGAAUUUCUUUAAGCCCUGGACUAAGUGGCUCCCAGUUUGCCUCAUUGACUACAAAAGCUGGAAUUCCUACAGCCAACAUUACACCAAAAGUAUUUACUAGUGCACUUUUUCUGUCACUGUCACUGGUGUAACAUUGUGGUGUAUGGUCUAUAAUAGAACUCUUUCUUUUCAGUCUGUAGAAACCUGUUGGCCAAUGCAAUUGUGUUACCGCGUGUACCUAAUAAGGUGAUCCACGGUGAUCCCCUGUGAUUUUUCUGUUUGUGGAGGAAGUACCAACUAAAUCAAAUUAGACCAGUGUUGAAACAGGGAUCUGUAGUUUACCUGUUUAGUCAGCAUUAAUAAGCUCAUUUCAUAAUCAUUGUCCUUGCCGUGAUAUAGAUUUUCCCUGUAAACUAGAGGAAAAAUUAGCCAUAAACUUAUAUUGUUAAGUAUUUUUAUUUUCCUAAUGGUUUAUUUUUAUUCAGUAUCAGCUUUAUUUAAAAUGUUACAUUUUUGAUAAUUGGAAACAAUGAGUUGAACAAUUUAGUUGGUGGUUGGGCCAUUCAUUGAUGAAUUCCGCAUUAUUGCCUUAUGUCAUAUCAUUUGGAAAUAUGCCAAGAAUACCUGGGAGUAUUCCAGCCCAGCAUGGAAAGGAGUUUUGUCUGUUUAUUAAAUACCACAUUUAUCUAUCCCAGCUGGACUGUAUAGACUCGAUGCCAGUAGUAGCAGCGGGAUGUCCAGAAUAGGGGAGGUUAUAGGGAAGGAAUGUAGUGAAGAGACUCAAUUGAAGGUGCUUGAAUAAUGAAUUACUCACCAUGUUUCACAGAUCACAGAACAGGGAAACUUCAAAUCAUCACAUUUUAUUUGUACUGAACGGCCAGACUGACCUGAACUGCUAAACGCUUUAAACAAAAUCAAUAUAAACAUUUGUGGAGUUUUAUUUUGUCAUCGUAUGAAUUGAGUUGAAUUCCUUGCAAAGGUUUCAGUUGUAAACCAACUGUUGUUACAAAAAUGCAAUUCAAUUGUUUCACUUCAUAUUUUACUUCACCAAUGGAAUUCGGACGUGAAUUAAAGACUGAAUGAAUAAUAGAAUUACAAAGUACAACGAAAAGUAACAUAUUUAUGUCAUUCUCCUAAGGAAUAGAAGGUACAUGAGUCAGAUCAGGGGGCAAAUAGGUUUCACCUGAGAUGAAAAUCGCUAACAAUGCAACAUCCAAUUCAAUGUGAGUGGUGCUAAUGUAGAAAUUAAUAGCAGUAGUAACUGUAGGGAAGAAGAUUUCUUCUUUGUGACUGUGAGCACAUGCACAAUUCGUGAGUGACAAGUAAAUGCAAAGAGCUACUAAACAGAUUUCACUUUCACAGAAUGGAGGUGGAUGUUAGUAGUGUAUUAUCUGUAGCUAAUGCUUUUCAAGAAAUCCCAGUCUUACUUCCUAUUUUAACUGUAUCAAAAAGUUUUGCUAGCUUCAAAAUGAGUUAACACUGAUGUAUAACUUUUCUUAUUUCACGCUAAAUUGGACAAAAUGUAAAUGUUUUUGCUCGUCUCCAGUUAUUCGGAAAAAGAAAUUCAAAUUGUAAGCUCCCUUUUGAAAUCCAGUUUGCAUUGUUGUCCUUGGGAGGAAGGAGAUACUGCAAGUGCAGUUGUAAUUGCUUAAAUCAAAAUGUCUGCAAGCUGCCAGUUCAUAAAUAGAAGCUGCAGAUUGUAGAAGGAUGUUGUAUGUAACACUGGCGAUCAGAAACAAAAUGUAGGUAGAGCUUUUAUAUUUAAAAUAGAUAUUGCAGAAAACACAUCUGUGUAAAAAUGCAGAUUGCAUUUGACCAAAUGUUCUGUACUUGGAAGUAAUCUUUCUGUCAAUUUGGUAAAAUGACCGUAACAAAGCCAUUGGUUUUAUUGUUUCUUCUGUUGCUAUAUAAGGUAAAACUUGUAGAGGAAUAUUAGUACUUAUUUUUUAUUUUUUUAACAAGUAGACUAGCUGUUGUAUCUAGAUUAUAGACAUUAUCUAUGCAUCCAUUAUAAGCAGUGACUUUCUAGAAAAAUCGCUGCGUUACUGCUUUGCAUGCUAUAUAGCCAUUGUAAGCAAGACAGCAAGUGAACUUUCAAAAAAUAUAUUACUGAAAAUAUUUUUAUUUUAUUUAUUGUAUUUUAUAUUGAACUUUGCUAAUUAUGUUGUAUUAUGUUCUAUUAUAGGUUUUCACAGUGUAGCUAGCACUUAAUUAAUCUCUAAAUACUGUAGACUGGCACAAAGGUAAUUAAACAUUAGUUUUUGUAUUCAUCCACCACAGUGAGCCAAAGUACUGUUGUGAUACAGGAACAAAGCCAGCUUGAAGAUGAUUUGGUUUAUAACAAUUGUGGAUCUUGAAGCAAACACUGGGAGAUGAUCAGAUAGGUUGCCACUGAUAUUACCCGUUGUGAUUCUCGAUCCUCUUACCCGUUUUAAUUAUGUGUUAACUGGUAUUUUAUUUAAGUUUCAGUGUCAUAAUAUAGGCACUUAGCAGCUUCAGAAAUUAUUUUGGUUAUCCCAGUGUAUAUUAUCUGAUAAUCAUUAUUUGGUAUUUGUGCCUGUUUCACCACACAUAAGCUUUGCUGUUGAUACCAGGUGAAUGUGGAAUGUAAUCAUGGAUUCUGUGUAUGGCUGUUCAGUUUUAAUAACUCGCGCAGAAUGGCUGGGGAGUCGCUAAUUAUGUAACUUGCCCUUUGACUUCCAACAUUUUAUUCAGGAAAGUAGCAAAUUAAAUAAAUCCUGAAAAGGCAAUUCUAUUAUCUAGUUCUUAUAACCAGGAAUACCUGCAGAAUACUGAUCAGAGAAUCAAGUUUGUACAGUUGGAUUUUUGUGACCUGUUUUCACUCCCUAAAAGCAUUUAUUGCGAGGUUAUAAAUGUGCAGGACGAUUGUGUUCCAAAGAUAUGAUUGCUAAAUAUUGUAAUUCUUUCUUAAAAUUGCAUUGGAGGAAUUUGCAAUAUGCAUAUGGUACUAUCGUAGGCAAAAAAUGCUGGAAACAUUCAGUUGGUCAGACAGCAUCAGUGGAAAGAGAAACAGAGUUGAUGUUUCAGUUUGAAAGUAUCAGAGUUCCAGCUUCUGCAGUUAUUUGAUUAUACCUAUGGUACUAUUUUAUUUUAAUUAAUGUGUGUAGUGCCAGUUACCAGCGUGCUGUGCUGGCAGUCAGCCUUGGACCAGAGUUCACAUGUUCUUCACAAAUUUACAACGUGCUCAGUGGCAGCAACAAAUGCUACUUGAUUCUGUUUGUAUGUACAGAGAAUAACUGAGUCUUUGAACCAUGACCAGUUGGACUUAUAUUUCCUGUUGCACAUUAACUGACUUAAGUAAAAUGCAUAACAUUGGCAGAACAGGUUGUCUUAUAUGUCAGCCAGAAGAUGGACUGCCCUUGGAAAUUCAACCUGCGGUGAGGAGCUGGCUCAUGACCAUGGUUCCCAAACCCACUUUAUGAUACAAUGUUGGUGCUCAGUGCAGAGCAAGUAUGGUUGUCUUUCUCCCCAUUUUGCAAUGCAUGUUGGAGUGACCUGUGUUCUACAGUGCCCUCCAUAAUGUUUGGGACAAAGACCUAUCAUUUAUUUAUUUGCCUCUGUACUCCACAAUUUGAGAUUUGUAAUAGAAAAAAAUCACAUGUAGUUAAAGUGCACAUUGUCAGAUUUUAAUAAAAUUUGAUCCAUUUUGGUUUCACCGUGUAGAAAUUACAAGUGUUUAUACAUAAUCCCCCCCAUUUCAGGGCACCAUAAUGUUUUGGGACACAGCAAUGUAUUUUGUUGCAUAUCCUUUGCAUGCAAUGACUGCUUGAAGUCUGCGAUUCACUGCUGUAAUUUCGACAAAUCUCAAAUUGUGGAGUACAGAGGCAAAUAAAUAAAUGAUGGGUCUUUGUCCCAAACAUUAUGCAGCGCAAUGUACAUUCCAACCGCUGCUGAAAUUGUGGAUUCAGCUUUGAUAUCAGCAGCCCUACAAACCGUUUGACUAUAUUAAAUAUAACAUUGUUGUAAGCCUGAGUGCGCAGCUCAGAAGCCACUGAAGCCUGAUGUUUUAUCUUUUAUUUUACUCCUCAUAACUAUGUACGUUUAUUGUUAUGGAAGACAUAGAGCUGUAUAUUUGGCUUUUAAGCAGCUGAUUUACAGUAUAAUAGCUGUUCUAUUCUGCUUCCCACCGAUUUUACAUCUGUAAAUGUAAUCCAUUGUGAGAAUAAACUACAUAUACAAAAUAUAUAA